GGACUAAGGAAAGUGUUUCUAUGUCGGAUCUGUCAGAGCUCAGCGUUGCCAGAACAAGCACAAAAAUCGCCAGAAUUGAUACUUCUUCAAAUCACAGUUAAUGGAAAGGGGUAGGUUUGGUUCAAAGAGCGGGGGCGGGGGGUGCUUUCUAUUUGCGAAAUGUCUGAUUUGCUCCAGAACCUUAUAUCCGCCAAAAUAAAAACUCCCGCAAAUUUGGAGAAAAUCCGUCAAUAUGGCACCACUGGUAUUCCAGUCUGAGUUCUGGGUUCUGGGGUCCUAUUUCGUGAAGUCGUUCUUCAGAUUGAGAUAUAGAACUAUUUGCGAAGAUAACUUUACGACUGUGGUGCCAGUGAGAGUUUACGGUUAGAUGGUAAGAACGAUGCCAAUUGGACACGUUUUACAGAAGAAGAAAUGCAACUCACCCAAUAUGGCCAAACAGAUGCAAGUGCAAGGGCAUCUUAUUGAAAUCUCAACGACCAAAUCACAGAUUUUCACAAUCUUUUCAGGGCCAAGAGCACACCGACGCGAUGGAUACACCUCAUUCAAACAUACCGAUAUCUAACUAAGAACACGUUCUUGGCUCCCAGGCACAUACUGUAUGUCUUUGUUUGUAUGGUUUUUUAUUUUGUAUUUACAUCUAAUAUUACAUUCAGAAAUAUUUUUAUUCUGUCUGUGACAGAAAUAUGGAGGAUUUAUUUAUUAUGUCACGUUUUACCUGGUAAGUUAUCCAUACUCUUAUCAUGUUGUCAUAUCAUGCAACACGGAAAACGAUAGCAAGAACCGCAUCAAGUAGAUCGACUGGAUAUUUACUCUCGAUAACAAAUUUUUAUGCUCUAUGAAAGGUGGAACAAAUAACAGUGACAACGAAUUGGAAAUCGUUUUUGAAACAUCAAGAUUUAUCUAAUGACUUUCUAACACGCCAUAUCGGCAAUAA